CCUGGACAGGGGGUAUCCGGUCUUUGUAUAAUGUUAGUUGGGGCGGUCCAAUCUGUUGGACCGACCCGUUAGUUGUACGAUAAUUAUUUAUUUAAGGGCGACCCAAUCUGUUGGGUCGGCCCAUUAGUCGCAUAUUUACUAUUUAGGGCGGCCCAGUCUAUUGGGCCGGCCCAUUUGUUCGAAACCCUAACCCUGGCUCUCCCUAUUUAUACUCCUCUUCUUGGAAGAGGAGGGAGGGGGGAGAGGGAGGCUUAACACUACACUAUUCAUCUUCUUCAUCUAAUCUACACAUUUUCUCCUUCUCCUCUACCCCCGGGUUCCUUACCCCAACAAUGGUGCUCUCGUUGAGAGUGUCGAACACAUCAAGCGUGCUCCAAAAGAAAAACAAACAACAAAAUGGUUCUUCUAAUUCUUUGUGGUGGGAUUCGGUCACUGGUCUUGGAUUCCCAACCAACCACCAACCAGCUCUGCCAUUGGCACAUGGAAGACCACCACCGGCUUCAAAGCACGAUGUGAGAGCCUCGCCGUAGAUCUACCGCAGAUUCGUCGUCUCAGGACUCAAUUGACGACCCCGGAUCUGCGCCGGCAACUCCAUUCUCAUCUGUAUCAGAGGUGCUGCGACCGGUGCUAGCCGCAACCUUUCACCUGCUAUCCGAGCUGGACUAAAUCACAAACGAGAGUGGCGGCUACGGUCGUUGAAGUUCCGGCGACCCCUUCACUCCGACGAGCGCAGCAGCGGCAAGCUUCGGACGGUGAACCGGCGACCAGCAACCCCCGCAACAGAUCUGUGCAGCAGAUCUAUGCAGCCGGCGACGAGGAAACACGCAUCCAGCAGCCUAACUCCGAUGCUCACCGCCGGUGACUCCCAAGGAACUCUCCCUUCUCAGUUCGAAGAUCCUCGUCGCGGGGUGCCGCACCUCGACCGGGAAGGCUCUCAAAAGCAUCCCAUCCUCGCCGGAUGGAUCUCGAUCGCUGUCACAUUCAAUUUGUCUUCUUCGUCGUUGUUUCUAUUGCCCAGCCCCAUAUCACCUUCCGCCGCUACAGCCGCAUCUACAGCCGCAUCUACCGCCGCCGUCGUUGCUGAGAGCAGUCGAUCUCGAGCUGUGAAAAAAGAAAAAAAUUCUAGAUGGGCACGUGAGGUCCGACUUUAAUUCUCCUCACUGUGGUCCAAAGUUGGAGAACUUCAUUUUUGAGUGGAGGACCUCAUUUUUUAGGUCCAGCCAAUUGACCAACAGAGGAGGAUGGCUAUGCAGUUUUGUUUGGAGUAUGGGUCUGCCCAUCUGGCACCACGACAAGAAAAAAGAUAAGUGUUC